AAGCAAAUUAUGCUAAUUACUGACCUCAUAUUCAGGAUUAUCAUGAUGUGACUUUUCUGAUAAUUUAUUCACAGGCUUGUAAGUUGUAGGAAGAGUCAAGAUGGUGAGGAACACUUAUGGAAAGACAGCGUGGGGCGGGGCCUUUCUAGAUGCCCUUGGGAACCUGGAUACAAAUAGACGACUUGAGCGAGGGAAGAGUUACGCCAACACAGGGAAAGUGCUGAAUGUAAACAUCAAUGGACCAAAGGUCUCGGCCCAUGUCCAGGGAACCAUGCCUCGCCCCUACGAGGUGAAGAUACAGUUCCAACUCCUGGACCAUGCUGAAGUCCAGCGGGUGUAUGAUGUCAUCAAUGAGAACCCCCUUCUGUACGGUCAGAUCAUCAACGGUGAUCUCCCAGACGAGCUGGUCGACACUCUUGAGGAGGCUGACAUUGACUUACUUCCAGCCAGUUGGUAUGAUAUGAAUGCCCGGUGCAAGUGUCCGGAUGAAGCCAACCCCUGUAAGCACAUGGCUGCCGUGUACUACCUCAUCACCUCAGAGAUCGACAAGAACCCCUUCACCCUGUUUAACCUGAGAGGAGUGGAUCUGAUGGGGUACUUCAACAUCAGCCCUUCCGACACUGAUCCAGGGUAUCCACUGCCACUCAACAGGCCUAGUAGUAUGCAAUCCACAGAGACUGAAGUCAAUGAGAACCACAUUCUGCCCUGCCCUUUGCUGAAAAUCCCUCCAAUGUCUGACUUCAUCCUGAGUUGUCUGAAGAGCAAUCCUCCCUUCUCAUUGGAGCUGGACUACAAGUGUGUCAUGGAGGAGUUUUACAGCUAUGCAGCCAAGCAGAGUACAAAGGUGCUGGAUGACCUGAUGAAUCCAGGGAAGGCAGGCUCAGCUCACUGGCUGAGUGAACUGGACUACGAUGAAGUACAGAACAUCAUGUCAGCUGCAAGAUUCCAGCUAUAUCUGGAUGCAGAGUUUGAUUAUACCGGGGCUGAGUAUGCACCACAGCUGCAGAUACACAACCCAGUCUGGGACAACCUAUCUGAACAUGAAUCGGAGAACAAAGAAUGGGAAUUCAUCAAAAGAGUGUUCAAGGACGAGAUGCCCUCAUAUGAUGCGGAAUUGAUCUUUGUGCAAAAGGACGGACACUUAGAAAAAAUAGGAGAAACCUGGAUGAAAGUUGAUCUCUUCACAGCCAUGCAGCUGUUCCUGUGGCUGAAGUCUGACUUCGGCAGUCCUUCCUACAGGUUCUUCUUUUACACUUGCAGGGUGGCCUGGAUGCUUAUGAUAAACCAGGCAUUCAUCCCUGAUGUGCUGCCUUUGAGUCGACAACAGCAGGACAAGAUUAAAGAUUUCAAGAUCAUCUGGAGGCCAGCACACACUGCAGAGCUGGUGGCAGAACAACUGGACAAUCUCACCAAGAUUUACCCUGAAGACAACCCCUGUGUUGAAGUGGACAACAUGCUUCUCGGUGGACAUUCUGCAGCCCUCCAUGUGCUGUCCACUCUCCUCACCAGGUUUGUCACGGAUCUACACUUCAUGCACAAGAAGUCCAAGAACAACCCUCCUCCUGAGUCACUGGCGUUUUUCCGUGGUAGUGUGUACAACAUCAGGUCCAUUGCCCAACAGAGUGUACCCCGGGCCAUCGCUAAGUACUUUGGUGACUUCGACCUGAUCAAGACAGACCUGGAAGUAGCUGUCCACAUCAGUCCCCUGAAGACUAAGGGAUUCAAGAUCAAAAAUGAAGAGCUGCCGCCCCCAGAUCACUACGCCAUGGAAUUGUGGGUAAAGAUGAUCGACAACGACAUAGCUCGUCACAAGCCAAUCAGACGCUUCCUGAUGAGCAACAGUUGGGCUAAAGCUCAGGCCAUGAAGUUCCUGGCCACCCUGCACUCCUACCUCCCCCAUGUUGGACGGCUGUUGAAGGAAGACUCCAUUGCCUUGACUGCAGGAGAACUGGAGGACUUCAUCUUAAACACAGUGGAUGUCUUCAACAACCUGGGAGUCAAGGUCAUUCUCCCAAAGGAGCUAAGGAAGAUCCUGAAGCCCAAAGCAGUGGUGUAUGCUGAACUGGAGGGUUCUAAGAACCAGCAGUCCUUCUUCUCCAUCGGUGACCUGCUCACGUACAACUGGAAAAUUGCCAUUGGGGAUGAGUACAUUGCUGUGCACGAGUUUGAGAGGCUGGUGCAAAGCGGGGAGGGACUGGUCAGGUUCAGGGAUAAGUACAUCUCUGUCAAGCCUGAAGAGAUGACGACUAUCCUCAACAACGUCAAACAGGAGCCACCUCAACCUUCCCCCCUGGACCUGCUCAAGGAGUCCCUGUUAGAGGACAGUAAGUUCCACUUGUCAGCAAGCCUGAGUUCUAUGGUGGAGUCUGUGAAGAAUGUGGAGGAACAUCCCAUUCCACACAACCUGCAGGCAACACUGCGCCCGUACCAGGUCUCAGGAUACAGGUGGCUGGUCUCCAACAUACAGCACGGCUUUGGGGUGAUCCUAGCAGACGACAUGGGUCUGGGGAAGACUAUCCAGUCGAUUGCUGCCAUGCUCCACCUGAAGAAUCGGGGUGACCUGAAGGACCCUGUACUACUUGUCGUCCCUACAAGUGUCAUGAGUAACUGGGAGAGGGAGAUCCAACGCUUCGCACCCUCUCUUACUGUCUCAAGGUACUAUGGUGCAGGUAGGAUGCUGCCCAGUAGCCAGUGCCAUGGGAACUCUGAUGACCUAGCGCUGCAGGAGUACGAGAACCAACCAGACACGCCAAACAGAGCGGGGAAGCGACCCUCUCCCAGGGACGGUCCCAAGAAGAAGCGUGCGCGUCUAUCGUGGGAUAUCCCGCAAACGGACAUCAUCAUCACCACGUACCACAUCGUUAGGAUCGACGUCGAUGCCUUGGCAAAGAUACAAUACAGUAUGGUCUUGAUCGAUGAAGCUCAGUACAUCAAGAACUGCAAGUCACAAACAGCAAAGGCAGUGAAAAGGAUGAAGGCAAAGAUGCAUGUUGCCCUGUCGGGAACCCCGGUGGAGAAUAACCUGACAGAGCUGUGGUCUGUGUUUGACUUCACCUUCCCCAAGUACCUGGGUACCAACAAGGACUUCACUCAGUCAUUUGCCAAGCCUAUUGAGGUCCAUCGUGACCCAGAUCGUGUGGAGGCCCUCCGUGCCAUCACCAGACCCUUCCUCCUGCGCCGGCUGAAGACAGACAGGUCCAUCAUUAAGGACUUACCUGACAAGAUCACCACGCCGAAGUACAACUCUCUGACUGCUGAACAAGCUGCGUUGUAUGAGAGCGUGGUUCAGAACAUGGUGAAGAAGCUGGCGGAGGCCAAGGAGAAGAAGGAGAGGACAGGAGUGAUCUUCCAGACCAUGACCUUCCUCAAGCAGAUCUGUAACCACCCUGCCAACUUCACCAAGAACAGCAACAGGGACAUCCAGGCAUCUGGCAAGAUGAAGGUCCUGAUAGACCUGCUCCAGCCCAUCCUGCAGCAGGGAGAGAAGGUCCUGAUCUUCUCCCAGUACGUCCAGAUGAUCAAACUCAUGGCACACAUGGUGGAGGGGCACCUCAAGGUCAAGCCGCUCAUCUUCGAGGGCUGCAUGACCCAGCCCCAGAGGGAUGAGGCCAUCACUGCGUUCCAGACCCAGCCUCACAGACAGAUCAUGAUCGUGUCUCUACAGGCAGGAGGGGUUGGGUUGAACCUGACAGCGGCCAACCAUGUCAUCCACUAUGACCUGUGGUUCAACCCUGCCAAGGAGAACCAAGCAACUGACCGCGCUUUCCGCAUCGGACAGACCAAGACCGUGUUUGUCUAUCGCUUUAUCUCAGAGAACACCUUUGAAGAGAAGAUCGAUGCCAUGUUGGAGAAGAAGAAGGACCUGUCAAACCUGUCAGUCCAGGCCGGGGAGACCUGGAUAGGAAAUCUGAACGAUGACGAGAUCACACAGCUCUUCACCAGGGGGUAGUGGGAGCACUGUGUUA